AUGGUUCGGUAUUGGGCUCAUCGGAGUGCUCUUGUUCAAAAGCUAGUUGAGCCCCAUGUCCAGAAACUAUUUCCGUUCCACAAGCCGGAAGUUGAGGGAGUCUCCCCUGUUAAAGCUUCUUAUAGCGGAAAAAUAGUAAAAGCACCAUUCGACCUCGCUCUUGGGAAAGUCGUGCCAUUUGGCCAAAAUUUAACAUCCUCUCGCCCAGAUAUAGUAAAGGUCAAACUGCACAAGCUGUGCUUGAACAGGUUUUUGCUUAAGUAUUAUUAUCAAACCCGAACCUAUUGGGCUCACAAACAGAAUCUGGACGUUGAUAUAGGUGAUAUUGUUCUAGUAGAAAAGUGUGACCCUCCCAUCGCAUUCAACACAGUCUAUAAACUGAAGAAGAUUGUCUUCCCCGUGGGUGCCAUCGUUGACCCAAUAAGUGGAAUGAAAUGCGAAGGCCCAGAGUUCCCACUGGAGGUGAUGCAAAAGUGGUUAGAUGACCACAAAGAAGAGUCCUGA